AUGGUUGGUGUGCAAGCAAUCGAAACAGAUCACUUCCCUCCAAGAGAAACAACUGUCGUUGUUGAAAAUGAUUUGGCAGCUCCUAAUAAACUUGUUAUGCAUUGUCAAUCAGAUGAUGAUGAUUUAGGCGUAUCAAAUCUAUCAAGUGGAGAAAAAACAUCAUGGUCAUUCAAACCCAAUAUUUUCGGAACAACUUUAUUUUGGUGCAAUUUCAAUUGGAACAAUUUGGUAAAGAGUGUGGACAUUUACAAUGCUAAGCAUGAUGAUCAUGGAGAGUGUAUCACUACUUGCUUACGCAGUGUUAGAGAAUAUGGAUUCUAUUAUUAUAAUGAGAUUGAUAAUCAGUGGUAUAAAAAAUAUACAUGGUAA